AUGAACAUUGGUGGGAGGGAGGCACGGUUACGGCUCGGACCUCUGCAAAAGCCUCGGGAUGUGUCAGACUCUCCGGCGAGUGACGUGUCUCGUAUACCGAGUGAGAUACCGUCGACGGUGGGCAUAUCAGAAAGUCCAUCAGUGGACGGGAUUGGUGUAUUAAUGAUAAGUGACUUUGUGUAUCCAGGUCUCGGUGGUGUUGAGACACAUAUAUAUCAGUUGAGCAACUGUUUAGUAAAUAUGGGUUAUCGUGUUGUGAUGUUCUCUCACUCACGUGUGCACCCCCGACGACCCCGGUCAGCACGACAUGGUGUGCGAUAUCUGGCUAACGGUGUGAAGGCUUAUUAUUAUGCGUCGCCAGUGAUGCACGAGCAGUGUACUUGGGCGCAGCCGAUCGGGACGUUUCCGAUACUGCGUGAGAUAUUAGUUCGCGAACGCAUUAGUAUCGUACACGGUCAUCAAGCGCCAUCUUCGUUAACUUUGGAAUGUAUUGCCCAUGCUAAGAACUUGGGAUACGGUGCCAUCUUCACCGAUCAUUCGCUAUUUGGCUUUGCCGAUGCUGGUAGUAUACAUGUUAAUAAGUGUUUAAAGAUCUUUCUAAGCCAGAUUGACGCAUGUAUCUCAGUUAGCUAUACCAACAAGGAGAAUCUAUGUCUACGUGCAUGUAUUCCACCGAAAAAAAUUUCGGUUAUACCUAAUGCGCUGAAUUACGAGCUCUUUUCACCUAACCCAUCUAUACCGGAUAAUGGCUUCAUUAAUCCUGCCCCAUCGGUUGUUAAUGUCGUAAUGAUAGGAAGACUCACAUUCCGAAAGGGUACAGACCUACUGGCACAAGCUAUUCCGAUCAUAGCUUCCCGAUUUCAAAAUAAUGUUCGUUUCAUUAUCGGUGGAGAUGGUCCUAAACAAUUACUACUGGAAGAAAUGAGAGAGCGUUUUGGUCUAUACGAUCGAGUAGUGCUCUUAGGAGGUCUCAGCCAGAAACAGGUCCGGAAGACUCUACGAUGUGGACAUGUUUUCCUUAAUGCCAGUCUUACGGAGGCUUUCUGUAUCGGUAUUCUUGAAGCAGCCUGCACCGGCUUGCUUGUCGUCUGCACCAACGUCGGAGGAGUCACAGAGGUACUUCCACCCCACCUGGCAUCAUUUGUGGAAUGUAAUCCACAAGCCUUAGCCGACGGCGCCACCAUCGCCAUACAAAAAGUACUCAAUGGCCAAUGGGAUCCUUGGGCCAUUCAUCGGGAAGUCGCCCCCAUGUACAACUGGACCAAUGUUGCACACAGAGUACACGCCGUCUACCAACAUGCUCUUCAGGCUCCUCAGGUCCCCUACACCCAAAUUGUCAAGUCCUGGGCACUCUCCUGGGACUACUCAUUGUGGGCCAACAUCUACAUUUAUUUUGUGCAACUCUUCAUGGGUCUGCUCUGGUGCCUAUAUCGACCACCGUAA